AUGGAAAAGGGUAAGCCUAGAAUUAAAAGGAAGUCAAUUGACGAAACUGAAAAGGAAGAACCUGAAAAGGUGAACCAAAAGUUACAAAAAGAACCACAAAAAAAUUCAAAGAGGAAAUUGGAUACAGAUUCCAAAGAUGAACAACAUAAAAACAUUACAACAGAAGGUAGAAGGAAAAGUGAGAGUCUGGAAGUACCAGAAGUCAGUAAAAGUAGUAGAAAUCCCAGUCAAGAAAAAGAAUUAGAAAGUUAUUCAACUAACACAGAUCAUAAAAAAACAAAUCACCCAAACACCAAUGGACCAGGAGGUCCAGAUUAUAAGAAUACAAGACUAGUUGAAUCCACUAAUUCUCAAUCUAAUGCUAAUUCUUCUAAGAUUACAUCAAGAACUUUAUCCACCGAGUCUAAGAGAGAAUUGUAUAAGAAUUCACAAUCUAUGGUUGACAAGAAUGUGUUGGAAAUGUUAGAAAACUUCGAAGAUGAAGUUGACUUGACAUUAUUUAAGUUUGUAAGCUCAGUGGCAAAUGGAACCAUAAACCCAGUGACGUCUGUGGAUGCACUUAGAACUAAGUUUCACGGAGUUAGUAAAAAUUCAACAUUGGUUUUUAAGGUCUUGGACCUUGUUUCAUUCUUUCUGGAUGACACCAAGAAGAGGCAGAAUUUAUUGCUAUUCCUUGAAUCUCUUGAAAAUUUUGGAUUGGUCUCGAGUAUGGAAAUUAUUUCAGUGAUAGACCCAGCAAAGCUGGACAGCUGUAACUACUCAGAAGGUCUCGUAAAGAUCUCAAUAAGAGAAAGGACCAAGAACAACUAUGUUCUUAAGAUAUAUAAUCUGUUUAGAGAAAGUUACCACGGAUAUACUGCACUUUCAAAUUACCUCUCCUCACUAGUAGAUAAACAUGGUAGGAAUGGAUUAAGAUUUGAUGUGGUUCAAAGGCCUAAACAAGCUCAGAAUAAAUUAAAGGAGUUAGAUCCAGAUACUGUAGUAGCCACAGUUAACAAGAUCAGUGGUAUGUAUAAAUUAUGCCCAAUUCGUACACUGUAUGAAGUAUUAAAAUGGUUAGUUUUAACUAAUCAUUCCGAUGAGUUUGUCAUGAAAAUACUCAAGAGUUAUCCUUCCAAGAUUUCAUAUGUAGUUUUACUCUAUUUAAAGAAUAAUUAUCAAAAUAAAGAUAAACUUUUAAGAAUAAAUAAUAAUAAACAAUUAAUUAAAGAAUUAGAAGAAAAAAAUGAGAAAAAUGGAAAAUUGGAUGGAAAAAAUGGAAAAUUAAAUGAAAAAAAUGGAAAAGAUGAAAAAAAUUUAGAAAAUGUAAAUGUUAAUGAGAAUUUGAAUGGAUAUUCAAAUGAUAAUAUAUAUAAAAUUGUUGGAAUGUUGAUUUCAGAAAAAUUAUUAAAGAUUGAUGUGGUAUAUAAUUAUUUGGAUCCAUCAGAUGAAUUACUUUCAAAUAUAUCAAAUCAUUUUUUAAAUAUACUUAAAACAAGUCCAAAUAAAGAUACAAGAGAUAAUUUAACUAUACCAAUACCAUUAUUAAAGAAAUUAGUAACAUCACAUUUGAACUUAAAUUGUUUAAAUCCAAAAUAUAAAAGAUCUACUAGAAUGAAAGAAGAACAUAUGAGUACUAGAAUGAAAGAAGAACAUAUGAGUACAAAAUUGGAUAAAGAACAUAUGAGUACUAGAAUGAAAGAAGAACAUAUGAGUACAAAAUUGGAUAAAGAAAAUAAAAUAAGAAAAACUAGUCUGACAUUAUUAGAAAAUAUGAUUAAUAAAUAUGAAUCUAAUGAUUAUUCAAUAUUACUAAGGAUAGAUAAUUAUCAUUACUUGAAGGAAUGUAUUUAUUUAAUGGAAUCUGGUAAAUUCUUAGUCCUAUCAACUCUUUUAAAUCAAUGUACUGAUUUUGAAGGUGAAUUAUGGGAUAUUUGUUAUUCAUACAUAUUACAUUUAUAUACUAUAAAUUAUCCAAUAUUCUUAAAUACUUCAGUAACAGUAUCUUUAACCAAUAUUAUGAAUAAAAUAUUAAAUACAUCAGUAGUCUAUAGGAAUAUUCCAGAAGUUUCUAGAGGAAUUGAUUUAGAUAAUGAAUUGAUAAUAAUUAAGAAAUUGGAAUAUUAUUUAAAAUUUGUUGGAUUCAGAUGUAGUGAAAAUAUUAUAAUGUUCAAUAAUAUUUUAACAUAUUUACAAAUAAUUUUAACUAAAAUCAAUAAACAUACAGGGUAUAGUAGUUUAUCUACAGUGGAUAGUGAUUUAAGGAGUUCGGAUAGUAAUUUAAGGACUAAGGAUAGUAGUUUAUCUACGGAGGAUAGUGAUUUAAAGACGUGCGAUAGUAAUUUAAAGACAGUGGAUAGUAAUUUAAAGACAAGGGAUAGUAAUUUAAAGACAAGGGAUAGUAAUUUACAGGCACUGAAUACCGAGGACAAACAUUUGAUUGUAAAGAGGAUGAUAAAAAAAUUAUUAUAUAAAUAUAUAAUAUUUAGUAUAAUGAAUUGUUGUGAAGGUAAUUUUCAAAUAUCAGAUAGAAUUUGGAAUAUAUUAAAACAAUUUACAACACUUGAAAGAUAUCAAAUAUAUUCUAAAACAUUACAAAUCUUAAAUUCUAAACAACAAAUUAAUACUGAGAAAAUGAAUAUUGAACAAAUUAAUGAGAAAAUGGAAACUACUGGAGUUAAUACUAAUAGUGAAGGAGUUAGUACUAAUAGUGUGGGAGUUAGUGGUACUAUGAAUACUGAACAAAGGAAUAAGAAGAUUUGGAAUAGAUUAGUUAAUUUAUAUUAUAAUUAUCAAAUGGAUAUGAUAAAGAAAUUAUAUGAAGGAUAUAAUUAUAAAUUGAAGAAUAUAUUUAAGAAGAUAACAUUUGAAUUAUUAAAAUCAAUAAAAAGUCCAACAAUACGUUCUAUAGUAUCAAUAAUAACAGCAAUUAGUGCUAUAAAUCCAUUUUCUGUUUCUAUAUUAAUAAUAAAACAAUCUGAAUUAUUUAAUAAUUUACUCUUACCACUUUGUGAAUUAACUAAAUAUUUCUUAUCAUAUACUAUUGAUAUUUUUAUAUAUCAAUUAACUAUUAAUUUAAUAUAUCUUACCAAUACUAGUACUAAUAAUACUACUGGUAAGUUGUCUAGUAUCAUCGGUACAGGUACUGUUACUACUAAUACUAUGGGUACUAGUAGUACUAUGGGUACUGCUGGAGCAAGCACCGUAACGUAUAUGAAAGAAUAUAGUUUGAGUAAAAAUAGAUUAGAAGAUAAUAAUAAUAUAAUAGAAGAAGAGAAUAAUAAAAUGUAUAUAAAUAGUAUAAUAUUAUGUAAAAUAUAUAAAAGACAUACUGAAUGUGAUAUUAUACCAAUUAUAACAAUAUUAAUUUUAUUACUCAAUUUUUCCAUUUCUAAUCAUUUAAUAUUAUGUCGUACAAAUCAAACAAAUAUACUAAAUCACACUAUGGAUACUGGAGAUACUAAGGAUAAUGGAGAUAGUAAGGAUAAUGAGGAUAGUGAUGGAGUUGGUAUGAGUACUAAGGGAGUUAGUACUAAGGAUAUUAAGGAUGGUAAGGAUAGUAAGGAUAGUUCUAAGGGUAGUAUGAGUAAUGUUAGUACCCUUGUAGCAAGCACCGUAACUGAGGGAAAGGGAGCUAAUUCUAUGGGUAUGGAGUGUACUACUGAGAAUAAUACUAAUAAAAUUGCCAUUGUAACUAAUUCUAGGGAGUCGAGUACUUUUUCCGUAGAUAGUAAGGAUACUAAGGAAGCCCCUUUGGGGGCUGUUAGUACUGGUUGCCGUGAACCUCACUCCGUUACGGAAAUAAAAAUAAUCGGAAUUUGUAUAGAAAAUUAUUAUAAUAUAAUUUAUAUAAUAUAUAAUGUAUUGGAUUAUUUAAUAAGAUUAAUAGAAAUAAUAGGUGGAAUGAUAGAUGUUGAUAUGAAUAAAAUGACACAAGAACAAUUAUUAUGUCAAUGUGGAAGUUAUUCAUUAAAAAAUGAAUCAAUAACAAAUUUAGAUGAAGAAAUAAAUAAAAAAUCAUUAAUAAAAGUAAUUUGUAGACCAUUUUUUAUUAAUUCACUUGUUAUAGUAUUGGGAAGAUUAAUUAAUGAAUUAUUAUAUGAUAGUAAUUUUAAUAAUUGUAAAUUACUCUUGUCUAUUGUUGAUAAGUUUAAUAAUUUAUUAAUACUUUUAAUUAACUUUUUACAACUCAAUCAACAAACAUUUUUAUUACCAAAUAAACAAUUAUUAAUGAAAUUUUUUACAUUAAAUCAAUUACAAUUUAUUAAUACAGUUAAAUGUACAGAAAUAGAAACUACUGUAGAAUUUACUAAACCUGUAACUGAAGAUAGAGAACCCGGAUCAACAGUAGGAUCGGAAUCUACUGUAGAACCUAAGUCAACUGUAGGACCUAAAUCCACAGUAGAAAUGAAAUCUACCUUAGACCCUAAAAAUACUCUACAACCUAAAUCUAAUCUACAACCUCCAUCAUCCUUAGACCCUAAAUCUAAUCUACAACCUCCAUCAUCCUUAGACCCCAAAUCCUCCUUAGACCUCCAACCCCUAAGAUUUAAGAGAAAAUUAGAAUUUCCAACUGUAGAUAACAUUUUAGAUGACAAUUUUAUAGGAUUUAUAAACAAUUUGAAUAUAUAUGACAUUUAUACACCUGUAGAACAGUAUGAUAAUUAUAUUACUAAACUAACAUCAGGUAUAGGAAAUACUGUUAGAAGAAUAAAAAGAAUAAAGAAUCGAAUAACAAUAUUAGAAACUGAUAAAAAUGAACAUAUCCAACAUACAAAUAUGAUAUUAUCUCAUUUAAAAGAAGUUUUGAAGAGAUUUGUAAAAAAUGAUAAUAAGGUUGGACCACACAUUACUAUGAGAUUUAUAACCAGAAUAAUAUUUCCAAGAUUAUUUGUAUCAGAAUUAAAUGCAUUAUUUUGUUGUAAGAUUGUGGAUACAAUAUUGGAAAAUAAGAUGAAUUAUUUUAAUUAUUUUGAUUUUGUAAAUUGUUAUACUAAAAUGCUUAUACCAAUGAUUAGUAGUUUAACUGAACGUGAAGUUAUUAGUUUAUCUAUUUUCUUUAAUCAUUCAUUUCAAUUAAUUAAAGCUUGGGUUAACGACAGAGAUGCUUUUGAAAAAUUAGUCUAUGAUAAUCCUUGUUUUUGUACUACUUUUAAAUUCCAACCUAAUAAAGAAUUUAAAUAUCAACAAUUAUUACAAGUAAUAAAAAAAUGGGAAUAUUUCAUAUUACUUUCGAUUUUUUCUUCCGUUACGGGGUCAGGUCAAACAGCAACUAACAUUAAUAAGGUUAAUAGUACUAACAAUAGUAAUAGUAUUAAGGAUAGUAGUAGUACAGUUGUAACUAGUAAUAAAGAUAGUACUAGUAAUAAGGUUAAUAGUAGUACAGUUGUAACUAGUACUAGUAAUACUAAGAGUACUACUACUAGUAAUAAGGAUAGUAAUACUAAGGAUUCUAAGGCUAAUAAGGAUACUAAUAGUAUUAAGGGAGCCCCUUUCGGGGCUGGUAAUAAGGAUAGUAAGAGUACUAGUAGUACUAUGGGUAGUACUAUGGGAACUACUACUGGUACUGCUGGAGCAAGCACCGUAACGGGCACCGUAACGGAUGAAUCUCCAAUUGUACAAAGUUGGAUAGAAAUAAAAAAUGUAAUAAUAUUUUUAAAUAAAGUAUCAAAUAAUUUUCCUAUAACAAUAAAUUCAAGUUUAAAAGUAUUAAAUUUCCUUAAAAAUGUGUUGAAACUUGCUAAACAAAAUAAUUGGCAAGAUGUUACAGUAUCAUCCAAUACACUUAUUAAAUUAAUACAAAUGUAUCAAAAUCAAAAUAAAUAUAUCACAAUUAAUAUACCAAAUAUUAAUACACCCGGUCAAACUAGUACUAACAGUAGUAAUAGUAGUAAUAGUCAAGCUAAUAGUACAAGUAAUCCUAUUACUAGUACUCCAACUAAUACUAGUACUAAUACUAAUACACCAAAUAAUCCAUCUAAAAAUACUAAUGAAACAACAUCCAGAAGGAAUUCGGAUACUUCACCUAAGAUAUCUGAGGAGACAACAAAGAGGAAUUUGGAGGAAUCUACCAAGGGAUCUGACGAGACAACAAAGAGGAGUUCUGAGGAAUCUCCCAAGAGUAAUUCGAAGGAAACAACAGUCAAAAAUUCCAAAGAAACAACUCCUAAAAAUAAAUCUAAUGAGACAUCACCUAAGAAAACGAAGGAAACCACUAAGACUGUUUCGAAGGAACUAACUAAAGGUAAUUCUAAGGAAACAACUAAAGGUAAUUCGAAGGAACCAACACCCAGGACUACCGCUAAGGAAACCACUAAAACUACUACUAAUACUCAUACUAAAACUACUGGCACUAAAGAAACCCCUAAGACUUCCAAGGAAACACCUAAAACUCCCUCUAAAGAUACCCCUAAGUCUACCACUAAGGAAACACCUAAAACUACUAAGGCUCAGACUACUACUUAA